AUGGAUUUGCAGGGAAUGGACAGUUGUGGAGCAUGUGGAGCGGCCGAUCUCGACCACAUUGGGACUUCAGUGGCCAAUCGGCGGGUCAAAUUUGCCCCCUGCAGCCAGGCUCUCAAACUCUGGCCCGGACGGAGCCGGCAGAUCUGUUGCUAUCGCCGACUUUGGAGGGCGAAUUUGCGGGCCGUUGUGUCUUUACUAGCCUACUGGAUACAUGGCUAUGCCUUUGCUUUUGGAGAUCAAGACAGAAUUAUUGGAAAUAAGAAUUUCUUUACUUCUGGCAAUGUCAACUUCUCACACUUCUUUUAUAAUUAUGCAAGAUGUGCUAUUGUAACUACGAUCGUAUCUGGAACUAUUACCCGAAGGACAGAACCAAUUGGUUACAUUAUGUCAAGCUACAUGUUAGCAGGAUUUGUGUAUCCAAUUGUUUCUCGUUUCUUUUGGAAUCAAUCUGGCCUUUUUUAUGUACGUCUCCCAGUUCAGGACUAUGCUGGAAGUGGAGUAGUGUUCUUAGUCGGUGGCACGGCAGCACUAAUUGCAUCAUUUGUUACAAAUCUACAUGUUGAACACUGGCAAACACCAAAGAUCAAUAAAGAAUACAGUUUACCUCUUACAGUUCUUGGUGCUUCCAUGGAACUUGUGGGCUCCUUAGGUUUUAUUGUUGGUGCACAAGGUCACAUUACAGAAUCUGGAGAUGGUCAAUCAGCCAGCCUUGCCGCGGUCAAUACUCUACUAUCAACAGGAUCUGCAGGUUUAUGUGGCUUAAUUUACCUGAGAAUGAAGAGCGACUCCUACAAUAUAAUACGAUUGGUUAAUGCAGCUCUCACUGGCUUGGUAGCAAUUUGUGGAGGUGCCAACAGAUACUUUCCUGGAUUGGCAGUAAUGUGUGGUUCCACAGCAGCUCAAUUAUAUUUCACACUUGAACAUUUAUUCGCAUAUGUAAAGAUCAACGAUCCAACAGAUGCUAUAGCCAGUAUGAUACUUUACUGA